GUGCUUCUCAUCCGUGAUUACCUCAGAGGGCCUUUUCGCCUGUAAGCUGUCUCGCCAUGAAGAGCUGGAGGUGCGAGACUCACAGGACUUAAUGUGUGCUUGUGGGGUGGCUGUUGCAGGCUCACAGCAUGACCCCAGACCACCAACCUGAAUGUGGCCUUGCCACCAGCCCCAACACAGGACUGCAUGCGCUGAAGUGAUAACCAGGACCUACACCCAGGUGUUCAAAGGAUGAAAAUUCCUAGAACAAAACCUGGAGUGGGAAGAAACCCAACUGCAUUCCCACAGAAAUGUCCAAGUUGGGACUGUGGGGAAGGGCCUGAGUUUGAUGGACAGGUGAUAGUUAAGGGCAGUGUGAGGAAGAGGGUGGUGAUGGUGGUGUGUCUGAGCGGGGAGUGUUGGGCACCCAAGGCAACAUGCGUGGGGCAUCAGCUCCCAGCGCCUUGGUGUGAAACCCAGCAUGGGUGCCAGACAGCACCAACCUUCAUAGCAUCCAGCUCUGCUGGGGGCUUGGGCUGCGGGGAAUGAACUACAAACUGCUAAAGUUUGGGAGGAGAAACUGAUGGCAACACAUAGCACAUGUGAUCACAGGAGAAAUCCAUCAAUAAAUGCAGCAUAUUUAAACUGCAGUUCUCAGGCAAACCUAACCCUCCAAUAACUCAAUUUAUACUGUAGUCAUAGUUUAAAUAAAUUCUCACAGUGAUUUGGCUCAGACUAACAGCCUUAACAGGAAUGCUAUUUUCAUGAAAAGCAGAAAAAUUAUCCAAAACUUUACUGCGAUCCAUAGUGAUUGCUAUGGAUAGGAUGGUGGGGGCAAAAGAAACAAAAACAAAGCCCAAAGGACAGGAGAGAAGCAGCUUACCCACCACAAUCAAAGAAAGAAGAAAAAAAGAGAGAGACAAAGCUGCCACAGCUCUGAUGUGAACUUGUAGCUUAAUUUCCUUAUUCUCAUAGCAACGCUUUUGAAACAUGACUCGUUUCCUGUGACCAACGCCAUAUUCAAUUACCAUGGGUAAGAUAAGUCCAGCCCACAAGCCUUCCAAGCAAAACGCUGCUGGUGCAGCAAAAAACACCUCAUUACAGCUCAAACACUCUGCUCUUAAAACUGGAAGACCAGAGGCUGUGAAUCAUGACAAGCACAUUUUCUGCCUGCGUGCUGGCUUUACUGCACUUCUGUUGUUUCUCUGACUCCUACGAACCACCGGUGUUGCCUGAUGUUGGAGAUCCAAACUUUAUUGAGGAAUGUGUGCAAACCCAUAACAGAUUCCGCUCUGGAGUGAAUCCACCAGCUAGCAACAUGCUGUACAUGAGCUGGGAUCCAGAUUUGGCAAAGACCGCAAAAGCUUGGGCAAAGAAAUGCCUGUUUAAACAUAAUACAUACCUCAAAGAUCCAGGGCAGGCUCACCCCAGAUUUACCCCUGUUGGAGAAAACCUCUGGACCGGCUCACUUUCUAUUUUUACUGUGCAAGGAGCUAUCACCUCUUGGUACAACGAGGUCAGCGCCUACACUUAUGCCACCAAUAACUGCAGAGGAGCAUGUGGCCACUAUACACAGGAGGAAAACAGGACAGCCAUCAAGCAGUCACAUUUAGCCAAGCAGUGGCCAAAAACCAGGCAACAGCAAUGGCUGUGGGCUGCAGUGCACAGUGUGACAAGGUCCCAGCUCUGGCAGGCAGCCUCCACGUGCCAAGGGCUGGGGAAAUACUGGCACGUAAAGAGAUGUCUGCAGCUCUGCAAGCAUCACGUGCCCAUUUUUCCCAACCACAAUUCCCAAAGGAAGAGGACAAAGUGAGUCAGGGGAGCGCCACUGCCAUGCCACCCCACAAUCGCUAACCACGGUUACGGGACAGCAGGACAGCUUGCAGCAGUGGCUUUAGGGAUUAGAUUUUGACCUGAGGCUAUUUAAUAUUUUCUGCAGAGAUAUACAUAUGCAUUUAGGACUUCAAGAGACAUGCUGAAACUGGUGGGGUGCCUGAACAACACAUGCAGGUAUUUGUGUGCAAAGAAGAUAUUUGUAUGCAGGAGCUGUGAGAGGUGACAGAAUGUUGCUUUUUGGUAUUGUUCACAAGGACACAGCAAGAAUAAGCCUCUGGAAUUGGUGAAAUGCACCUUACCUGGCACUAAGGCGCAGGGCUGUGUAUGACGUUGUUUGUAGAGGAGCAGUCCUGGCAGUUGUGUGGGAGAGAAUGAGAAAAUAAGCUGGAGAGGGACUUUUUACAAGGGCAUGUAGUGAUAGGACAAGGGGUAAUGGCUUUAAACUGGAUGAGGGAAGAUUUAGAUUAGAUAUUAGGAAGAAAUUAACUGUGAGGGUGGUGAGGCACUGGAACAGGUUGCCCAGAGAAGCUGUGGAUGCCCCAUCCCUGGAAGUGUUCCAGGCCAGGCUGGGUGGGGCUUUGAGCAGCCUGGUCUAGUGGAAGGUGUCCCUGCCCACGGCAGGGAGGUUGGAAUGGGAUGAUCUUUAAGGUCCCUUCCAACCCAAACCAUUCCAUGAUUCUAAGAUUAUUCUCACUUGGAGUCAACAGUGAUAGUGACGGCAGCUAGAAGGCAUGUGUCUGCCAGCUUUGGGAGGCAUCCUUGGGUCUGCACCAUCAGGGAAUGCCUUGUUCCUCUUCCUCCUUCCCAGCUGUGCAGAAAAGAAGUUUCCCCUGGGUACAAUUACUGCAGUUACCACAACCACAUCCCCAGCAUAUGCUUCAGCCUGUGGCUGCCUGGGAUGGGGACAGUCCUGUGAUUCGGUCCUUCACCAUCCUUGGGGAUGCGAUUGUCUAUACAUUGGAGCAGCCUCUGCUCUGCUGCUGCACUGAAAACACCAUUAGGAGCCUGAGGAUUGUCCCCUAUUCCCAGAGCUGGCACCAAACAGGCACAAACAGAAAGGGCUAGGCCUCCUCUUCGAGUCAGUGGAAGCACAAGUGUGUUUCUUUAUCUCCUGUGCUGCCAGAACCUCUCCACAUCUCUCACGUAGUCAGUCAUUGCUACUGUUGUACCUCCCUCAGGUACAGCUGCGCCUUCGUCUCCCCUCUGUUUCUGUCAUGGGGUUUAUUUUCCUGGGACGGAGGCAUUUGGCUGCACUGUACUCUUUGAGCUGCAUACAGGAUGCUGGAUCGAACCGAACGGCCUCUGGUAGACAGAGGAUCACUAGAUGGUGUAGUGCCCUCACCUCUAGAUUAUCUUAGUCAUGGCCAUGAUGCCAAAAGCUAGGACCACAGCCUGGACACGCUCCUUCUCCCUGCUCUUCCUGUAACACCAGUGCCUUCUGGCAGUUUGGCUAUAUGUCUCUGCUGGAUUUAGUACAGGGACAAUCAGCCCACACAGGAGCCGUAGCAGAUCAUGCAGCCUUUUCUGCACAGAUUUGAUCUGUUCUUCCUCAGCAGGAAAGACAGAAAGUUAAUGGAUUACCUUGAAGCAAAGGAGAUGAACUUCACUUUUUCCUUUGCAAGAAAGGAAAACUACCUGUUACAGCCAGUUAAUCUUUCUUUCAGCAUCAUUUUAACAAAUAUGUGGUAAAUUGGACAAAACAACCAGGCGUUUUUAAAAACAAACUGUGAUUUUUAGACCCAUCACUGCUGCUUUCCCACGUGAAGCCUGCCCAAGGAGUGAUCUUCAGCCAGUUUGCUGUCAUGGAGCAGAGGAGGGCAGGUUUUCUCUGUAACACUGCACAUGCUGCUUUGUCACCGGUGUACUC